AUGCUAUCUACAAUGGUUAAGAUUGUUAUAACAGGAUGUGUUGCUUAUAAGCUUUACAGAAGAGCUGAAGAAGCAAUGAAGAAUGAUGAGGAGUAUCUUAUGAAAAUAACAGGCCAUGCCGACGAGCUGGCUGCCCGAAUGAUUGACGAAGCCAGAAAACACGCCAGGGCAAAAGAGUACGAGCUGUCUGCAGAGUAUUUCUACUAUGCAUAUAAAUGUCUCGGAUCCAGCUGGGACCACAUCAUUGCUCAGGCUGACUCCCAAGAAGUAUGCCGACUCUUGCAUAUCAAGAAGUCCCAAGAACAAUGA